CUAGUCUUUCCCCUUUUCAACGUCCAUGAGCGAAGUCUGGAAUGUCAUCAGCCUCACUCAACGGUCGCGCCUGUUCCGUCUCGAACGACUCGAUAGCUAUUGCUUCUUUGGCAGUCGGUACGCGCAUAUCCUGGCCGGCAAGCUCAUGCGCGUGAAGCUGGUAGCAAUGGACAAGAUCGUGUGGCCCUGCAUGCCAGAUCAUGUGGUACAUUUCGAGUACCGAAGGAAAUCGGCUAGCGAAAUAGACGGCCUUUCCGACGAGAGGGCGAGGUAACGUGUGCGCCUCCUAGAAUACGCUGUUCAAUGGUGCUGACGAUUACUCAGCUACCACAACCAAAUUCGGUUCUUGUGCCCUGCUCGGGCUGACCAAAGGCACGUUCGACUCGAGCCAGUGAAUAACUGUUGCUUAUCAUCUCCAAGCAGGCAAUCCAUGUUGCUCGAUCGUCUACCAGCCGAGCUUAUUGACAUGGUCUUUGGCAUCCUCUCUGAGGCCAUGCUUGAUGUGGUCUUUGCUGCCAUGUCUUGCCAAAUGCUGUGGGAUCUUGGGCGCCGUCACAUCUACGCAUAUCUCGAGCGUGAGGUAGCUGACAUGUGGUGGACUGGACAUCGCGUCCUCUGCUGCGAGGUAGAUCUCUGGAUCAGUGAAAUACCGGACCAUAUCCUGUCCGCGGAUGAGCAGACUGAGCUACUCAACACCAAGAACAGCACUUAUCCGUGUCUCAUCGAUCACCUGUCCGCUGAGGCACCCCAUUUGUCUUUCACUCAUACGAAGCUGUCCCGAGAUCUGAACGGGAGCGCCUACUACGAAGAGCGGCCUUUGGACAUCCAGCAUGCCAUCAAGUUGUGCCAUCCGCUGCAGAGCUGGGGGUCACUGGAGCAGGAAGACAUCGUCUGGCCUGCACACCCUCUCAUCCUGAGGAAUAUCACCCGGAAGCAGUAUGUGCAAGGCUACGAUAUGGACGUCGCACUGCUCAAAAAGUACACCGAUUGGAGAAGCAAGGACGGCCGCGAGGUGGAGAACUUCUUGGAUCUGGGGCACGUUGUCCUCUCCCGGAUUUGCUGGUCGUCUGAAGGUCCGCUCGACGAUCCUAUCGACUGCAACGAGACGCCUAUCCAUCGGGGCAUCUGGGCUGGUGACGCAUUCGAUAUCAUCUCCGCUGAGGAUCCGGACUGGGCAGAGAUGCGUUCCAGCGCCCUCUGGGAGGACGUUACGCGCGCGGCCACAGACGAUCUGGAGAGGAUGUUCCGGUCUGUCUACAUCGAGCGGAGCUUGGAAGAUAUAGAGGAUUGAUCUGUAUAUUGACUAUCAACGCACCGGUUUCACCUCUCAUUCCUUUGAUUUUCAUUCAUGCUAGACGCGUCCUGUAUAGUUGCCAGCUUUCCCUCAAAGGAUCCGCUUUUCACAGGACCCUGUUGCUGCCAAAAACUUGUUCACUCAGCCACCGGCCGAAAUGACCUUCCACAUCACCCAAUAUUGUGCCCCGCUCCCCGAACGACGCGAAGCCUACAUUGCCGAAGACAAUCCCUGGACCCUUUCUUUCCGCUUCGCAUACUAUGACCGAGACUCUGAAGUCGCCGUCCACGCGCCUCCGACCUCAGCAGCCGAGCUCUACGGCUAGCGGUUGCCAGACCCAUUUAGAGUCCUCUACCCAAGAUGAGACGUGGUCGGGGUGUGAUUCUGACACUGGGAGCCGAGUUCCAUACGUACUUUGACUGUUGUCGUGCACCUCCCGAGAAGAGACGUACUUUUCUGGAAUAUUAUCGCUGUGGUGAAUGGGCUCCCAUGAGGAUUGGGAUCCUUGUACUUGGGAGAGUACCCGAUGCCACAACGGCGGGUCCAGCCAACGAGCAACACGCAGACCUGAUGCUUCACUCCCGAGUAGGACGGCACCGACACGCGGUCUUACCCGAUGGUCCCGGGUCUGCGCGGCUACCAGGUCGAUGGCCGUCUCGAAGAGAGCAGCCUCCUUCGUUCCCUGCCAUGGUCACCCCAAAUCUGCAAUGCCUUGGUCUCGCAGCUGGGGGAGAUAGUGAUCUCGCCGAGGAUGGGAAGGUAGCUAGCUGCUCAUGAGCCGCUACUAACGUUUCUGUGCAUCCGUUUUUCCUCACUCGGUGUUUUGCGCGUAUGGACCUCGAGCAAGCUCUUGCCUGGCCUCACUCUCAUCUCCCAAAUUGGGUUGCAUCCGCCCAUUGCCCAGAUCAAGAUGCCGCCGAAUCCGAUAUCAUCUCCCCCCUCUCGCAAUUCAAUGCAAAGGUCUGACCUCAGCUCGAGCCGGUGCUAGUACCGGCGACGGACUUAUCCCAACGCUGAACGCCCGAAGCAGAGCGAACGGGCUCUGGGCACUCCCUCAUGUGUUUUAGCAUCCACCACCAGCUGCGGCGAGUGG